AUAUUUAUAACCCAACUUUCCGUUCGCCAUUGAUCUGGAACAAAAAUGUGGCUCUUUAGAUUUCUGGUUUUGCUCUGUUUUACCUUCCUUCUCCUGCCUAGUGCUCAAGGAUGGAGCAAAGAAGGCCAUGUCCUAACAUGUCAAAUUGCCCAGGAGCUCCUGAAUCCAGAGGCAACAGAGGCAGUUCAAGCUCUGCUACCUGAAAGCGCCGGCGGGAAUCUCUCGGCCAUGUGUGUAUGGGCUGACCAAAUCCGACGCUGGUCUAAAUACCGGUGGACCAGUCCCCUUCACUACAUCAACACGCCGGACAAUGCCUGUUCUUUCCUCUACAAAAGGGAUUGCCAUAACACUGCCGCCCAGCUCAACAUGUGCGUCGCCGGUGCCAUUCGGAAUUUCACCACUCAGCUCACUGCCUUCCCAAAACAAGGCCCCGACGCUAAAAAUAACUUGACGGAAGCGUUACUGUUUUUGUCGCACUUCGUUGGGGAUAUUCAUCAGCCACUGCACGUGGGAUUCACGAGCGAUGAGGGAGGGAACACCAUAGAGUUACGGUGGUACCGCCACAAGUCCAACCUGCACCAUGUAUGGGAUAGGGAAAUUAUUCUUACAGCCCUGGCAGAUUACUACGACAAGGACACAGGCCUCCUCCUAGAAGACCUACAAAGGAAUUUAACCCAUGGAAUUUGGAGCGAUAAUGUUCCGACAUGGGAGCGUUGUGUUAAUGUUAAUUCAUGCAUAAACAAUUGGGCUGAGGAGAGUAUAAAAUUAGCUUGCACGUGGGCAUACGAAGGGGUUGAAGCUGGCAUGACUUUGUCAGAGGAUUACUUCGAUUCAAGGUUGCCAAUUGUAAUGGAACGAUUGGCCAAAGGUGGGGUCCGGUUGGCCAUGCUUUUGAACCGGGUUUUUUCUGAAAACCCUAAAGGAGGAUUCGGCUCCUCAAUUUGAUUAAUUUGACAACGCAUUUUAAUAUUAGCCAAUAAUUGUAACAGUUCACACAGUUUGACCAUAGGGAUGUAUUCAUAAUUUUCAUAACUUUACUUAAAAUAGUUUAAUGUACCUAAAUUAAUGUCUA